AAUUCCAUAUCACAUUUUUCCUGUGGCUCUGUGUGCUCAGCACUACAACUCUACAACUCUACAGUCUGGGACCAACAGAAAAUGAAGAGCCAUUGUUACUCACACAAAGCAGCACACUCCAUUCCACCUCACACUCUGACUCGGCUGGCACGGGAGUGGCUGGCAGAGGACACACCAAACUUUGACCUGGCAGGAGUGUGUGUGGGCUCGCUGGAGGUUGAGGCGAGGUUGCUGUGUAAAACACCACACAGCGUCCUGGCAGGGAGCCCCUUUUUCACAGCAGUGUUCACUGAGGUCGGCUGCACCGUGGACUGGAUUUACCAGGAGGGAGCUGAGAUUGGCCAAGAUGCCAUCACACUGACUGCUGUGGUGAGAGGCCCAGCAAGGUGCCUCCUCCUCGGGGAAAGGCCAGCUCUUAACUGCCUGGCCCGAGCCUCGGGGAUCGCCACCCGCUGUUCUCAGCUCCAGGCAAUGGCAACAACAGGAGGAUGGCAUGGCGAAGUGGCUGGCACACGCAAAACCACCCCAGGCUUCCGUCUGGUGGAAAAGUACGCCAUGCUGGUUGGCGGUGUGUCCAUGCACAGGCAAGACUUGAGUGGAAUGGUGAUGCUGAAGGACAACCAUGUCUGGGCUUCAGGAAGUAUCACACAGGCUGUGAAAGCUGCCCGGUCAGUGUGUGGCUUCAGCAGUAAGAUUGAGGUGGAGUGCCGCUCUGCAGAGGAGGGCAGAGAGGCAGCUGCCGCUGGAGCAGACAUUGUUAUGCUGGACAACUUUCAACCUCAGGAGCUCCAUGUUGCAGCUAAUGCACUGAAGAAGGAGUUCCCAACACUACUGAUCGAGGCCAGUGGAGGAGUGACUCUAGAGAACUUAGUUAUGUAUCUCUCUCCACAUGUAGACAUCAUUUCUCUGGGCUGCAUAACACAGGGCUGCCCAGUGGUGGACUUUUCUCUCAAGGUUCAAAAGCCUCUUGUUCACUCAAGCCUUGAAGAAUGAUGAUCUUUGUGUCGCUAUAGCUGUCUUUAUGUCAUCUGUUGAUGUAUUAGUCUAUGUAUAUUGCCAUGUGCAUAAAACAGACUGUGAAAACAAAUUUCCCCCACGGGAAAAUUAAUAUCUAUCUAUCUAUCUAUCUAUCUAUCUAUCUAUCUAUCUAUCUAUCUAUCUAUCUAUCUAUCUAUCUAUCUAUCUAUCUAUCUAUCUAUCAGACACAGGUAUUGAGUGCUUAUUGAAUGAGAAAAUGAUGUGAGAUUUUGUUCUGAUGAACAGAGGAGAUUUUUAGCGUGCACUAAAAACUACACUACUUUAUUGUACUGCAAUUACAAUGUUCUACUGUUUCUAAAGAUUGAGAAGUAAGUGACAUCCCGUUUGCUCACUGUGUCAUCAGUCAGGUGAUAGAAUAAAAGAAGAAAUGAAAAAGGAAACAAGACUGUACUUGCUUCUCUGCCAGAGCCAUGUAGGCCCAAUGACAAUUUCAUAUAGUUCCUGAAAAACAAAUUAUGAAAGGCUGCUUUGCCAAAGAGGAACAGCAGUCACAUGUUAAAAACGAAUCAGCAGAGAUUUCGCAGAAUAAAAGGACAAUUGACAUUAUUCUUCUUAACUUAGCGCCGCCCAAGACGAUUGUGAUUGGUUUAGAGAAAUGCAAACAACCCAGAGCGUUAUUUUCCUCCUAUCCUAGAAUGUA